AUGUUUCAUAGUCUUUAUUUCUUUUUUAAGUGUUAAAGUAAUAUCGCAGAUGGCGGCAACAAAGUUUAGUACAGAGCCAGGAUUACUUAUCCUAAGUGUUGCAGCACUCAUUAUGUUUAGUGGUGCAGUCGUGACGCAGGGGCGGCAGUGCUACUGGUGCGGGCCGCUGGCGGAGCAGGUGCACCGCAGCGCGCGGGCCCCCGCCUGCGACUCCCCCGCCCAGCUCACCACCUGCGACCCCGGCUUGGACUUCUGUGCCGUCGUUGCUACAGCACCACCCUAUAUCGAGUCGAGAUAUUGCGUGAAGAACUAUCGAGACGAAUGCUAUCCGCUGUACUGUAACACGACUAGAGCUUGGAAGAUGAUCUGUCCGUGCAAAGAAAACCUCUGCAACGGCCCCAACACCGAACGGGAGAAAACAGCGUUUGACACACUCUUGAAACUCGUGGAAAGCAAUCGAACGAAACGAAUCGCAAAACGCACGGGAUCCACGGGACAAUUCAUCAAAUCUAACACGGAGAAGACUAAAAUCAUCACAAACAUCACCGGCAUACAGGAGAAUAUGUUGAAUGGGACAUUCGAAGAAAGAAAUGAUCUCACCGAAAUAAUCUUCUCCAGCGAAUCAGCAAUGGAUGCGGUAGGAAGUCUUGACGAUAACCUAGAAUCUACUACUGUCAAUGACUUAGAAGCUAUAACAGAUGAACCAGACACAACUGUUGAUGAUAUAAAACUAACUGAAGUAGAAUCUGUUCAAGACGAAAUUUUACCUGUCGUAACAACGAGUGCACCUGUAGUAACUGACGUACCACAGAUGAGCACAAGUAUCCAGAAGCCAAUGGUUGAUAAAAUGGAUGAUGCUCCAAAUAGCAUGGACGAUGCUUCAAACAAAAUUGACGAUACUUUAAAUAAAAUUGAAGAUACCUUAAAUAAAAUGGACGAUACUUCAAACAAAAUGGACGAUACUGGAAAUAAAAUUGAUGAUUACUCGAAUAAAAUUGACGAUUCUCAAAAUAAAAUGGACGAUUUGUCAAGUAAAAUACAUAAUACUCCAAAACCCAGUGAAGUAUUGCCAACGGCAGAGGCUCUACAACAAAAUGCUAGUCCGAGUCCAGUAGUCAGUGAAAAGGCAACAGAACCUACUACAACUGUUGAAACCACUACUUUAUUAACGACACCCAAAAUUGAAAAACCUAUAAACCAAACAAAAAAGAAUGGAGAUAUUAAAAUAAAUUCGAGUAUAUUUUUGGUCGUUGUAACAUUUUUCGUCCAACUUACUGCACUAUGAGUGAGACAUUUAAUUAAUUUGAAAUUGAUCUCUAUAAGAUUAUUAUUUAAUAUUUAUAAACCUGCACGUGAUAUUAGUUUAAUGGUUUGAAUAAAAGAU